AUGUCUUUCGCGCUUUUGGCUUCAAGGCACUUAAUUCGCAGGGCUGCUGUCUCAAGUUUUGUCUCAGCAAAUGCCUGCAGAACUUUGGUGUGUACUUCAAACAACAAAGCGAAGUUGGGGACAGCUCCCCAACCGGUUACGUCCGGUUUUCUUCCUUCUCAUCAUUGGACAAUCGAACGUGUAGUUGCUCUCUCGAUGCUUCCAAUGUACCCUAUCGCUAUAAUCUACGAGCCCUAUCUCAUGGACUACGUGGUAUCCGCCGCCGUGUCUCUCCACGCUUACUGGGGCUUUGGUGGUGUCAUUCGAGACUACGCUAUCGAGCGUAAAUACGGCCCUCUCGUACCUAAAGUCUUGCAGUUGCUCUGGAAGGCCAUCUGCCUUUUUGGAUUCGCUGGGUUCACCUACUUUAACUACUACGACAUUGGUUUUAUUAAGGGCGUCAAAAAAAUUUGGUCUCUUUGA